AUGUAUAUUUGGUUAUGUGGCCGGUUAAGUUCUUUACUAAACUUUAAGAUAGAAUCAGCGGACCGCAAGGAUCAACCUAUACCUGUUGGCUGGGCAGUGGAUAAAGAUGGGAAAUCAACAACAGACCCUAAACAAGCAACAGGUUUAAGUCCUCUGAGUGGAGCAGAGAAUACAUCUGGGUACAAGGGCUAUGGGUUGUCAAUGAUGGUAGAGAUUUUCUGUGGAAUACUCAGUGGUGCCAAUUACGCUCACAAUGUCCGGAAAUGGAAAAAAAUCUCAUAGACAAGCAA